AAGUCUUUAGAGAGUGGGGAUGUCAGUUUGAUGGAUGGCAGGUGGAGUGUCAGGAGGAGCAGUGUGUGAAGUUUCAGUGAUGUCGAAGUUCCGAUUUCUUUUGAGUGAAAAGCCCAGAGAGAGACAGAGAGAGAGAGCCUGGUGUUUGUGUGAGAGCCAAUGCUGGUGAUUGUAGCUGAAUAAGGCAGUGCGAGUGAAGAGACAACUCCAUCCUUGAGGAAGAUCUCUCUGGGAUGUGAAACCUCUGGAAUCUGGGAUUGCUGCCCAUCACUCGCUCGUGGUUCGCGUACCCCCCAGUUACAGGCUGCUGGGAGCGGUACCUGGGAGCAGGGUCAGCGAGCUCCUGGCGCAUGGUCAAGCCGAGUCCGCGCUCUCCAUGCCCCGGAACCAGGCAGAUGCCGGCGGCAUGAGCGAUGAGAAGCGAGUGGAGUUCGUGGGGCUGACGGCGGUGGAGAGCAGCUCCUCAAGUCGGGACGGAGUGGCUGCGAGCCCCGGGGAGAGGCACCAGGGCAGCCGCCUGAGGCUGGCACCUCAGCCCGGAGAUGGAGAGAGGUUGGUGCUGGCCGGAUUGCCCGGGGACAGUGUGCAGAGUGCCCGGGUCGGGCUGCUGGGCAGACCGCUGCCCCUCAAACACCGCAACAAGAGGAAUGCCCAUUACAGAAAGCUGCAGAACUGUCUGUACAACGUGUUGGAGAGACCGCGGGGAUGGGCGUUCAUUUACCAUGCUUUCAUAUUCCUGCUUGUCUUCAGUUGUCUCGUCCUGUCAGUGUUUUCCACCAUACCUGCGCACCAGGAUGUGGCAAAUUCUGGACUCUUUAUUCUGGAAUUCCUAAUGAUCAUUGUAUUUGGAAUGGAGUAUGUGGUCCGAAUUUGGGCAGCUGGCUGCUGUUGCCGGUACAGAGGAUUGCAGGGGAGGCUCCGAUUUGCUCGAAAGCCAUUCUGUGUAAUCGAUUUUAUUGUAUUUGUUGCCUCUGUUGCUGUGAUAGCUGCUGGGACUAAGGGAAAUAUCUUUGCCACUUCAGCACUUCGUAGCAUGAGAUUCCUACAGAUUCUUCGGAUGGUACGGAUGGAUCGUAGGGGUGGAACCUGGAAGUUGUUGGGAUCUGUUGUGUAUGCUCACAGUAAGGAACUGAUUACAGCCUGGUACAUUGGGUUCUUAAUACUGAUUUUCUCUUCGUUCCUCGUUUAUCUAGCUGAGAAGGAGGCAAAUUCUCAAUUUUUGACAUACGCAGACUCCCUGUGGUGGGGUACAGUUACACUAACAACAAUCGGCUAUGGUGAUAAAACUCCACAAACGUGGCUUGGUCGAAUGCUGGCAGCAGGAUUUGCACUAUUAGGAGUCUCUUUCUUUGCUCUACCAGCUGGAAUUCUAGGUUCUGGUUUUGCGCUCAAAGUGCAAGAACAACAUCGACAGAAACACUUUGAGAAAAGAAGAACCCCUGCUGCCAAUCUCAUUCAGGCUGCUUGGCGUCUCUACUCUACAGAUGUGAGUCGGCCAUACCUGACGGCCACCUGGUAUUACUAUGACAGUGUUCUACCUUCGUUCAGAGAACUGGCAAUUAUGCUUGAAUCACUGAGCCGUUGGCGCAAUGGUGGACUUAGAAAUUCAGACUGCAAAAAAUUACAAGAAGAAUCCCCACGGAUACAUGCAUUUCAUUCAAGUCAAAGACUAAUUGUCCCCCCCUGUAAUUUGGGGGAGAGUCAUCUCUUUAAUAGUAAAAAGAAUUUCUUCCGGAUUCAAACCACACGGAAACAGAGUAACCAGAAGCUAGGAUUCAGAGACAGAAUGAAGAUGAAUAGUCCAAGGAUUCAGAGCAUGAGGAGCAAGCAGGCUUCAGCCCCAAGUAUCCAGCGCUCACCCAGUACAGAGAAUGCAACACAGGUCAGCCCCACUAAGGUGCAGAAGAGCUGGAGUUUCAACGACAGAACCCGUUUCCGAGCAUCACUCCGAUUAAAACCCAGAACAACUGUGGAAACUGAGAACAUGGGAGAUGACAACUAUGAUGAAAAGACAUUUCACUGUGAUAUCAGUAUGGAAGAUGUAAAGCCUGUUGUGAAAACCCUCAUCCGAGCCAUUAGGAUUCUGAAAUUUCUUGUAGCAAAGAGAAAAUUUAAAGAGACUUUGCGACCUUAUGACGUAAAAGAUGUGAUUGAGCAAUAUUCUGCUGGUCACCUGGAUAUGCUUGGCCGAAUCAAGAGCCUCCAAUCCAGAGUUGACCAAAUCAUUGGGAAAGGUCAGAUGCCCACAGACAAGAAGUUGCGUGAGAAAGGAGAGAAAGUCCCACCAGAACUGGAACCCUUUGAUGAAUUGAGCAUGAUGGGACGGGUGAUGAAAGUGGAAAAACAGGUGCAGUCCAUUGAACAAAAGCUGGACAUGUUAUUGAUGAUCUACAGCCAGAGUUUAAGCAAAGGUUCAGUGACAGCAUUGACACUGGCUGCAAUGAACAUUCCUCUAGUUGACCAGGACCUAACCUCUGACUAUCACAGCCCAGUGGAUACUACAGAUAUCUCUAUGUCUACCCAGACGUUGAACCUAUCUGCCUCCACAAAUCUAGAGUAAGGUUAUUAAAAGGUCCAGGUGACCAUUGCUGAUUUUGUAACCUGACUGAACGUGGUUAUGUGGAUUGGCACAAACAAACCUAAGAAGACAUCUUAAAAGCCAUCAUUAUUGUUUUGCAUUUUAAUUUAAUGAUGUCUUUUCGGUACCAGUGAUCAACUUUUGAAGAACAACAUGACAAAGGAUAUCUUCUGUGACCUCGAAGACAACUACUGGUCCAAAGUGGGAAUAAAAUGAUCUGCUAUCUCCUAUGAUUCUGAAACGGCCAACACAAUUUGUCAAUAUGGCCUGUGACAGGUUUCCACCUGGCAUUUUUGAAGUCUUCCAGCCCCAACUCAAUAGUGCACAAGGCAAUCCGUAGUAAAAGAUGUAGCAUUUGCAAAAAGAAACUAAUAAGAUUUCAAGCUAAUGAAGGAAUUCCAAUUUCUAUUCAGAACAUUCCAAUGAAAUAAUUUAUCAUAUUCAAGGUGUGUCUGAGGUCCCUGGUUUUUGCUUAACUUGCUGCACCAAAGGAAUCAUAUGAAAGGUCAAGUUGAACACAACUUAGCACUAUAUUCACAGAAGCUGCAUUGAAGAAUGAUGUCAAUCAAAUUCUCAGGACUCUGGCCAAGAUCAACAUUCUGCUAGGGUGUGACCAUUUGUCUUUGGCCAUCAGUAUUGUAAUGUCCUUCCUAGAGAGUGUUAAAGAUAUCUAUUUCUGAAGCAAGACAGCAUAUUAUAGAAAGGACUGGGAAAAUCUAAUUUACCAAAAUUCUUUAAGGAACAAUUGAACCAAUUCCUGUUUUUAUUUGAGAUGGGAAAUGUGGUGCCUGGUAGUGGACUUACUGAAAAGUUUGAGAUAUAACGAUGUGAAUUAUAGCUACAUUGAUGAAGGGCUAUAAAAUGAAAUGCUGGCAAACACAAACUUUCAAAAUCCAAGUGCAGCUGACAAAUAAGACAUCAGAGCAGGACAACAUUUCUCAGUGAGUUUCAGAUACCCUCAGAGAGGAAGCAGAAUAUAAAAUCCAAGAGAAAUCUAUCCCAAUCUGAUGUUUAGUUCAUGCUGAGUUAAGGAAUAAGAUAGUUUUUCAGGAGAAAGUGAGGACUGCAGAUGCUGGAGGUCAGAGUCGAGAGUGGGGUGCUGGAAAAGCUCAGGAGGUCAGGCAGCAUCCGAGGAGCAGGAGAAUCGAUGUUUCCGGCAAAACCCCUUCAGGAAUUUCAGUUUAUCAGGACCCUAGUAACAAUACUUAAAGAAAGGAGUGUAUGAGCAUUACUAAUUGCAGCUCCGUGUCUAUUUGUUAGCCUGUAUGAUUCAGGUACCAGCUGUUAUCUCAUCCACAGAUGCAAAGGUACAGUGGCUAACCAGAAACCCCAAGUUAAACGUUGAGCUGUCUGAAUAAAGCACAUUCUAAUGGGUAUUACACACAAACUUGCUUCACAGCAAGUUUCUUUUUAAUGUAUGUGAUAGAAGAGCAAAAGCAAAUAAGAGCAAAGGAGAAAUAGAGAGAUGGCUGAUUCUUCGCACGAUCCUAUCUCACAAAAAACAAUAACUUAUUUACAAAAUUGCAAAAUGUGGUAUUGCUGCUGUUAGGACAUCAUUAGCCAAUUAUCAUAGAGACCCUUUCGCCUUCAUGUGGCUUGAUACACAUAUCCUACUUGAGAAGUCAUAUGAGUUUAAAGAGGAAUAAAUUCCACUGAAUCACCACUCAUUUUAAGUGUUAUAAAGAAUGCAGACAAGGGAAUUAUAUCUGUACCUCUCAGUUAUGUCUUGUUACUGUGUUUUCUGCUUUUAAAUUGCUGGUUAGAGACAGGGUGGACAGUUAAAGAAGAACUUUACCACCUCUGAAAAAUCUCAGGUUGCUUCACACUUGUUUUCAGGUACAAUGACUAUUGUGCAGGCAAAUCUGCCAGGCAAUUAGCAAAUAGCAAAAAAACUCAAAUGGCAAUAAGAUAAUAAUGUGUAUUUUUGGUUGUGUUGACUGAGAGAAACAUAUUAGUCGGGACACUGAGAGAAUUCCCUGCUCUUCAGAUUGUGCCUUGGGAUCUUUAAUGUCCAUGUGAACACCAGGCAGUUAUCUCUCUCAACACUGCACUGCGCUCUCGCUAAUAUGGGAUAUAAACCAACCUCCUUCUGACUGAGGGAAGAGUACCAUCAACUGAGCCAUUUCAUGCUGAAAUGUUCCAUUCUGUCAUACCCUGAAUGGCAUCAUCGAUGGACAUAGUGGAUUUGCUGCCUACUCAUGAGGUCAGUGGAACCAAAUAGCUGGAUUUGGCAUAAGAGGAACUGUAGACAAAAUCUCUGCUCGCAGCGAGCUUCAACGACAUAAAACACAGUACGAGGUGUGACUAAGAGAUGAGAUAUUACAGGCAGUUCAGAAGGUUCAUUUCCCUUUUUAAGUAACUUGCGUAAUUGAGUCUGAUGUUAUCUGUAAUUCAUUGACAUAUACUCAGCAGUCAGGAGGUACCAUAUAGAGAGGUGUACAGUGUGUUCUGACAAUCUGAUUUACAAAAUAAUGCAGAAAUUUUUCCUUUCCUUGCAACUAUUAUUGAACACCAGAAGUCAGUUAUUUUCUUGGGAAAUUCAGAACUGUUAAACCAUUGAGAGAACCUAUACACUGUCCACCCAUAACACAAAAGUUUACUUGCAUCACAUUUUGAAUGCCUGGCUAGAAUCCCAGCUGGGUUGAGCUUUGUGGACUUUGUUUUUAUUUAUUUUUCAUGUAAUGUGAAGGUGGACUGAGCAACAAUGGCCUGUUGGGCAGUUUAGGCUGUCUUGAAGGCUAUUCUCACAAAUGUGUUGUACUGGAUUGGAACAUGUCCACUAGCCAGGGCAAAUAUAUUGGAUAACAUGCUCUAACCUUUGUGCUCAACAGCUGUUUCUCUGUCAGGACAGCACAUUCAUUAUAUCACACCAAAUGGUAGUAACAGCGAGAAACACAAGACUGAUUCAGUUGGUCAUGUCAUCUUGUUGGAUCACACUGACAAUGGUACAGCCACACUGAAGUUAGCUUAUUACUGAUGAUAAAUCACUGAUUUUACUAUCACAUUGAUGCAUCAAUCACAUCAUUGGUCGCAUCACAUUGAAGUUCUUGGAACAGUGUUGGUACUGUCACAUUGAUGAUAGUGCUACUGAAUGGUGUUAUGAUGACGGUGUUAAUGAUUGCUGUAAUUACAGAUGGUAGUGUCACUGAUGGUAGUGUCACUAAUUGCAGUGUCACAGAUGACAAUGUCACUGUUGACGGUAUCACUGAUGGUAGUGUUACCAAUAAUAUUGUUACUGAUGUUGAUGUCACUGGUGUUAGUGUUACUGAUUGUGUUGACACUCUUAUUCUGGGCCUACAGCCACUGUAUAAGUAUCAUGUCAGCCUGAGCUCAGUAGGUGCAUCGACCAGUUUUAUUGUAUUUCUCAUCUCCUUUAAAGUUACUUUCUCUUAGCUUCCAAUUUAAUAUCUAUGGAUUGUCCAGAUUUUUGAUUUAACCUUUGUGUCUAUUGCAUGAAAUCUGAACCACAAAGAUUGUCAAAGAGUAAAGUAACAUAGUCCCUAAAUAAAGAGUGAUUGGACAAACAGCUACAAGAUACCUCCAAACAACACUUGAACAGUUGUUAAUACAGCACUUCCCAAAGUGCCUAGUCCAAUUAAACUUCUGAUUAGGAGAGCUGACAAGGUGAGGAAAAGGGAUCCAUCAUUUAUUUCAAUCACAGGUAUAGUCAGUUCUGCUAUAACGCACGUUUCUUCAAUGCAAUUGGCUAUAAUGCGAUUGAAUAAUUUAGACCAUUAUUUGUAGAACAUGAACGUUCCUUAUAACACAAUUCUGUUCCCUUUGAUUUACAUGGUGCUGCUAUUACACAAUUUUCUUAUAAUGCAGGAUCGCACAGGAAUGGAACUAUUGCAUUAUAUCAGAAUAGACUGUAUAACACACAUGGCUGUUAUGCUAUAGAAGAUGAAGUUUCUGAGACUUUUAAUCUUGCAUUUCUGAAAAAUCACAACUUCAUUGUUUUAGAGCUUUCUGUGAAAGCAGGUAACCCACACAUGAUGAGAGAUCCAUUCUUUUUUUGGAAAACCUUGUUUUGUAAGAGAUAAUGUGAGAUGUCUGUACAAUAAUGCAUUGUGAGUAACCAAUGACCAUCUCCAGACUCCAUGUAGAUUUUGUACAAAAAAUUCCAACAAAUGAUCAGGGCCAUUAUGUUUAAUCCAUUUUACACAGAGAACUGUAGGUGUCUUGUACUGUUCUGACACACCCUGUGGCCUGGCUCAUUAUUUUCAAUGAUAAGGCAUACUUCUGAUAUGGUUCUCACACUAGCCAGUUUGAUCCAUUUCUUUUAUUGAACAUGGCUGGGGCUUUUAUGCAGAACAUACCUGAGUAGUAGAGAACGCUGGAGGUAAUUGGGUGAAGCCGAUUUUAGACUUGAAGAGCUUUUACAAUUUGGCAUUUCGGGGAGGUUGUUUGGCCAUCACAACUGUACCCAUUAAAAAAGAUGUGUUCAUUCCUUCAUCCUCUUCCCAUGUCUCAUCAAGAAUUGUUGGAGAGUGAAAAGGGGGUAAUAGGUGGAGGAUCAGAAAGCACAGCACUCUCACUGAGACACACAACCUCAAGUUACAGUAAUCAAUCUAGGUCAGAAAGUAACUAGUGCGUAGGACUUUUCGAAGAGGAUCAGCCAAACUUCGUACCAACUUAAUGGUUUUGCAGAUGCGGAACAGAAUGUUGGGUGGUGAUCAAAACAAAUGAAGUGAUGAGAAGUGCCUUUUAAUUGGUGGAAAUUCUAUUUGCACUGUUAGGGUGGUGUGGUGGUUCAUAUUCCUAGGCUGGUAAUCCAGGGGUCAAGAAGUAAAACCACAGUUGCAGUUUGAAGACUUCAAUUUCUAAACAAACCUUGAAUUUUUUAUUACAUUAUGUAGAAAUGAAGUUGUCUGACAGGCAGUUCUUUAGAGCAUAAAGCACUCCUGAUAGGGAGAGUUGGAUAUUGUCCUACACCAUAGUGUUACUGGCAACAGAAAGCUCAUUAUAUGACUAUCUGCCAAUCAGAGGCCGGUCAAUCCAAAAAAAUGAUUAAUUACCCACCACAUUCUGCCCUCACUGACAUUUACUGGCAUCAAGUGGGACUCCACCACCACACAGACAGACUGCUGAACAAACCCAGUGGACUGUAAGGGAAGGAGUCCUCCUUUUUGACUGCUCCAUGGCUAAGAGAGGAGCCCACAGAUGCCAUUGUUCGUUCAUGUGGUAAUGUUGCUGAACUGGAAAGUGAAAAUCUCUUUGUACUGGAAUAGAACUGAAAAACAGAAGUCAGAAUAUGCCAAACAAAUCUUCAGUUCAUGGCUAAAGUGAAGAAAGAUGAAACCCAGCUCAUUGUAAACUGUGGGGAGUAAUAAUUUACUCAUGGGAUUUGUGACUUUAAGUUUCCUAGGGGCAGAGCUUCAGAAGAGACCUUGAUGAAUCUGGGGUAAGCACUACAACAAUGGGGAGAGAGGAGAUGAUGAUGAAAUAUUUAACCAUUUUCAUUUACACACAGUUUACACCUUGGGUAUCAAUAGUUGUGAUUCUAAGCUGUAAACCUAACAAUAGAUUGUGAUUCUGAGCUGGAAACCUAUCCUCUGCCUUUCACCUCCAUGUAUGGUUACAUCAAUGCAUGGGAAAUUGUUUUGGACAUAAUAUUCUGUGGCUAGUCAGUAAGCAGUUUUAACUGUUAAAACUGUUUACAAAUUCCAUGUAGCAGGUCAUGGAGUUUGUUUCCCAUUGUUGUGUGCAGGCCAUUUAACAUUAGAUUUUGAUCUAUGAAGUUGUAAUAAGUCUUGGUGUGGUGGAUGCAUGACUUUAUCAAACAACCCCCAGCUGACCUUCUCCCCAGCCAUUGUUGAUGGCAACAUGUCCUUUUCACUCCUUCACAAUUGCAACAACAGCAUUCAUUUAUGUGGGUGAUUUAUCCCACUCUCGGGGCCACAAUCUUGCAAGCUAGCUGAACUCUUUAUUGACAUUACACCAGAGUUUGUGGGAGUAAUGAACAACUCUUCUGCUGUUCAAACUUUAGUCUGUAAGGAUUAAGAAAUAAGUAAUUAUGAACAGAACAGUCUCUCCUGGUGUGGGUCUCUUGCAUCUCAAUGAUGCCAUUGCAUGUUUAACCGUCCCAACCCAUAGCAUCCAACAGGCUUUACAACCUGAGAAAAACUGCUUCUUCCACACUCGUAGCAUAUUAUUGUUAUAUUAUUAUUAAUCAUGAUUAAUUAAUAAUAAUAAUUAGUAAUCCAAGAGCCAACAUGCUAGCUUCAUUAGCCUGAUUGUAACUAGGCCUGGCUCCACUACGUUAUACUGGGCUGGGGUGUAGGCUGUAUGAUAAAGGUGGACCAUAUCUAUGCAUUACACCAAUCGCACGUGGCAACUGCAUGUCAUGGAAGAGUUGCACAUUUUGUCUCACCGACAUCAUCUGCAUGAGAUGCAUGUCCUUCCAGCCACGCUAAGCAAGUAAUAUUGGUACGAGGAGUGUCAUAUCUGAACAAAAUUAGGGGAGAAGUUUUUCAAAGUGCCAUUUAGAUGUUUGUUUAAUUUCCAAUGAUUUCCAAGAAUAUAGUGUCCCCUUGCAACCAGAAUAAAAGACCCUAGCCGCAAGACAAUCCUAACCAGCUUCUAUCCAGUUCUGCUUAACAAAAGAAAUUAGUACCUCACUAAGAUAAUGAAAUGUUAUUUAUUAUA